AUGUCGAGGACAGAGGGUUCAAAUGUGUUAUAUUUCCUCUCCACCUCUUAUCGUGGUAUGAAUGAUGGGCCGGGAGGGAUAUUAUUUCUGAUGGAGGCGGGUGGGCCCAUGUGGGGAAUAUGUAGAGUAGAUGAGUGGGCUGAUGGACAUGGAUAUUCUAUAGAUGGAUGGACCAAGGUAGUUGGAUAUUAUGUAGAUGGGUGUACCAAGGUAGGUGGGUAUCAGAUAGACGGCGAAGUUUCAACAAUGCGAGAGCGGGGAUGCUACUUGUCUCCAGUACCUACAACCAUCAAUGCAUCAUAUAUCAUGGCACGUCUACAACAUCUCGGACACAAGCCCCUAAAGCACCAUCAGUUUACAGCUAAACAACUUGAGUUCCUGGCUAUUGUACAACUGGCUGCAGCAGAAGACGAUGACGAUGAACUUCUCUGGCGCACUUGGGCCCUGAGUGUCACUCAUGAGGCAUGUAAAUAUACCAAACAGGGCAUUCGCGUCUUCAGAGAUCAGAAGGGACACCGGGGGUCCCAUAGAUUAGAAAGUACUGUCCUACAUAGGAAAUUCAAUGCAGAGAAGACAGGAGGAGACCUGGUGAUACCUUCUCCUAACCUAGAUACUGAUCUGGUGAUGGCUUGUGAUCAAUUGGUAGAUUGCCUCAUAAAGGCACAUAAAAAUCCCAUUCUGAUGCAGAUCAAUAUAGCAAGAUAUAGCAAAUUGAUCUCCCCGAUGAACACUGGGCAUAAUGAAGAGAUAGAGGAGAAGUUGCUUGAGAGAUAUCCGGAGGUAUCUGCAUCAUUGAAGGGACCAUUCAGUGAGAAAAUCCUCAAGGCCAUUGCGAGGCUGGCAGCCAUCGCAUCAGCGGCACUCAGGGUGAUGCAUCCGGAGCAGUACUGGGCAGGGUUAUAA